AUGGCGGCGGGGGCCGGGGGGCCGGGGGGGGGCCGGGGGGUCCCGGGGCUGGAGGCCGGGGGCUGGAGCUGGGAACCCCCCAGGACCCCCUGCAACCGGCAGCUGGGACCCCCAGGACCCCUGGAAUUUGGAGCCGGGACCCCCCCAAGACCCCUGAAACCGGCAGCUGGGACCCCCCAGGACCCCCUGCAACCGGCAGCUGGGACCCCCAGGACCCCUGGAAUUUGGAGCCGGGACCCCCCAGGACCCCUCUGGGACCCCCUCCAGGACCCCUGCAACCGGCAGCUGGGACCCCCAGGACCCCUGACCCCUGCAAUUUGGAGCCGGGACCCCCACGACCCCUGUAAUUUGGAGCCGGGACCCCAGGACCCCUGCAACCGGGACCUGGGCUGGCAGGAUCCGUGCAACCGGGAGCUGGGACCCCCAGGACCCCUGCAACCGGGAGCUGGGACUCCCAGGACCCCUGUAAUUUGGAGCCGGGACCCCCAGGACCCCUGUAAUUUGGAGCCAGGACCCCAGGACCCCUGCAAACGGGACCUGGGCUGGCAGGAUCUUUGCAACUGGGACCUGGGCCUCCCAGGACCCCCGCAACCAGGAGCUGGGACACCCAGGACCCCCGCAAUUUGGAGCCGGGACCCCCAGGACCCCUGCAACCGGGACCAGGGCUGUCAGGAUCUGUGCAACCGGGACCUGGGACACCCAGGGCCCCUGCAAUUUGGAGCUGGGACACCCAGGACCCCUGCAACCGGGAGCUGGGACCCCCAGGACCCCUGCAAGUUGGAGCCGGGACCCCCAGGACCCCUGACCCCUGCAGCCGGGGGAAUUGGAGGAGCUGCGACCCCCAGGACCCCUGUAAUUUGGAGCCGGGACCCCCGUAAUUUGGAGCCGGGACCCCCAGGACCCCUGCAAUUUGGAGCCGGGACCCCCAGGACCCCUGCAAUUUGGAGCCGGGACCCCCAGGAGCCCUGUAAUUUAGAGCUGGGACCCCCAGGACCCCUGCAGCCGGGACCUGGGCUGUCAGGAGCUGUGCAACUGGGACCUGGGCCUCCCAGAACCCCCGCAACUGGGAGCUGGGACACCCAGGGCCCCUGCAAUUUGGAGCCGGGACCCCCAGGACCCCUGCAGCUGGGAGCUGGGACACCCGGGACCCCCGCAACCGGGACCAGGGCCACCCCGGACCCCUGCAACCGGGAGCUGGGACACCCAGGGCCCCUGCAAUUUGGAGCCAGGACACCAGGACCCCUGCAACUGGAUCCUGGGCUGUCAGGAUCUGUGCAACUGGAACCUGGGCUGUCAGGAUCUGUGCAACUGGGACCUGGGCCUCCCAGGACCCCAGCAACCGGGAGCCGGGACACCCAGGACCCCUGCAGUUUGGAGCCGGGACCCCCAGGACCCCUGAAAUUUGGAGCCGGGACCUGGGCUUUCAGGAUCUGUGCAAUUGGGACCUGGGUCUCCCAGAGACCCCUGCAACCGGGAGCUGGGACACCCAGGACCCCUGCAACCGGAACCAGGGCCGCCCCGGACCCCUGCAACCGGGAGCUGAAACCCCCAGGACCCCUGCAGCUUGGAGCCAGGACCCCCAGGACCCCUGCAGCCGGGACCUGGGUCUCCCAGGCCCCCUGCAACCGGGAGCUGGGACACCCAGGGCCCCUGAAAUUUGGAGCCAGGACCCCCAGGAUCCAUGCAGCCGGGAGCUGGGACACUCAGGACCCCUGCAACCGGGACCAGGGCCGCCCCGGACCCCUGCAACUGGGAGCUGGAACCCCCAGGACCCCUGCAGUUUGGAGCCGGGACCCCCAGGACCCCUGCAGCCAAGACCUGGGUCUCCCAGGACCCCUGCAGCCGGGAGCUGGGACACCCAGGGCCCCUGAAAUUUGGAGCCAGGACCCCCAGGACCCCUGCAGCCGAGAGCUAGGACACUCAGGACCCCUGCAUCCGGGACCAGGGCCGCCCCGGACCCCUGCAACCGGGAGCUGGAACCCCCAGGACCCCUGCAGUUUGGAGCCGAGAGACCCCCAGGACCCCUGCAGCCGGGAGCUGGGACACCCAGGACCCCUGCAACCAGAAGCUGGGACCCCCAGGGCCCCUGUAAUUCGGAGCCGGGACCCCCAGGACCCCUGUAAUUUGGAGCCGGGACCCUCAGGAUCCCUGCAACCGGGACCUGGGCUGUCAGGAUCUGUGCAACUGGGACCUGGGCCUCCCAGGACCCCUGCAACCGGGAGCUGGGACCCCCAGGACCCCUGCAAUUUGGAGCCUAGACCCCCAGGACCCCUGCAGUUUGGAGCCGGGACCCCCAGGACCCCUGCAACUGGGACCUGGCCUGUCAGGAUCUGUGCAACUGGGACCUGGGACACCCAGAACCCCGGCAAUUUGGAGCUGGGACACCCAGGACCCCUGCAACUAGGAGCUGGCCCCAGAGCCCCUGCAAUUUGGAGCCGGGACUCCCAGGACGCUUGCAAUUUGGAGCUGGGACCCCCAGGCCCCCUGAAACCGGGACAUGGGCUGUCAGGAUCUGUGCAGCUGGGACCUGGGCCACCCAGUACCCCUGCAGCCGGGACCUGGGCCGCCCAGGACCCCUACAACUGGGAGCUGGACUGCCCAGGACCCAUGCAGCUGGGACCCGGAACACCCAGGACCCCUGAGCUGGGCCACACAGGGCCCCUGCAACUUGGACCCGGGACACCCCAGACCUCUGCAGCCGGGACCUGCGACACGCAGGACCUGGGCUGUCCAGGAGUUAUGCAACUGAGACCUGGGAAACCCAGGACCCCUGCAGCCAGCACCUGGGACACCCAGGACCCCUGCAACCAGGAGCUGGACUGCCCAGGACCCGUGCAGCUGGGACCUGGGACACCCAGGACCCCUGCAGCCGGGACCUGGGACGCCCAGGACCCCUGCAGCCGGGACCUGGGACGCCCAGGACCCCUGCAGCCGGGACCUGGGAUGCCCAGGACCCCUGCAGCCGGGACCUGGGAUGCCCAGGACCCCUGCAGCCGGGACCUGGGAUGCCCAGGACCCCUGCAGCCGGGAGCUGGACUGCUCAGGACCCCUGCAACGGGACCUGGGACACCCAGGACUCCUGCAACUGGGACCUGGGGCACCCAGGACCCCUGCAGCCGGGACCUGGACCGCCCAGGACCCCUGCCACCGGGACCUGGGACACCCCGGCCCUCUGCAGCCAGGAGCUGGGCCACGCAGGACCCCUGCAGCCGGGAGCUGGACUUCUCAGGACCUGUGCAGCUGGGACCUGGGACACCCAAGACCUCCGCAACCGGGAGCUGGGCCGCCCAGGACCCCUGCAACCGGGAUCUGGGCCACCCAGGACCCCCAGGACCCCUGCAACCGGGAGCUGGGCCGCACAGGAUCCGUUCAACCGGGAGCUGGGCCACACAGGACCCAUACAGCUGGGAUCCGGGACUCCCAGGACCGCUGCAACCGGGAGCUGGGCCGGCCAGGGUCCGUGUAACCGGAAACUGGGCCAUUCAGGACCCGUGCAACUGGGAUCCGGGACACCCAGGACCCGUGCCGCCGAGUCCCGUGCCAAUCGGACCCCGGCAACCGGAACCCAUGGGAGCAGGCCCCAGACCACCCAGAACCAGAGUUACCCCUCUGGAUCCGUUCAACCGGGCCCCAGGCCACCGAGACCCGUGCAACCGAGACCCGGGCCACACGGGCCCGUGCAACGGGGAGAUGGCAAACUCCUCGGCUCCAGGAACCAGUGAAAACAGGUUCGGGCACCCAGCCCGGACCAGGGGAACGGAAAGGCAGGGAGGGGCCCCGCAGGGCUGGCUGGCCCAGGGCCACCCCAUUCACCACAGGCCACGGUCGCAGCAGAAACGGUUUAUGCCAGCAAACCCCUUCCUGCACCCGGCCUCGCGGGGCCUCGCACCUUAA